AGUCAGUUGCAAAAAGAUUGAUUGGUAGAGUGAAGUGAGUUGUGGGAGAGAGAGGCUGAUGAUGGUAAUGGAGGGCGGGUACCCCAGAAAUAUGUUCGUGGAGCCUGUACAAGAAGAACUGCUGUGCGCACUCUGCGACAAGGUGCUGCGCAGUGCAAAGACGACGCCGUGCGGUCACAUCUACUGCAAAGGCUGCGUGGAGAGUUGGGUGGUGGAGCACAGAGCCUGCCCGCGGAACUGCACCGAGGUAGCUGUGAAAAACCUUGCAUGGGCGGGUCAUAUCGAUAAUGUAGUAUCCGGUCUGACAACGCGGUGUAAAAACGUCGGCUCCGGUUGCAAGGUGCAAGUCCCGCUGCGAGAAAAGGCGGCACACGAAGCCAAGUGUCCCCACAGUAAAGAAGGGAAUUCCAAAGAAGCACCGCUCCAGACGGGAAACGUGGACGUUGACUGGGAAGAAGAAACCGAGGGUAGCAAAGACAGUGAAAUCGAGUCCAAGGAAUCGGUGGGGUUCUUUCAGAGAGCUACGAAAAUUGUGUUGAGCUUUCGGUCUCGGAACGCUCGAAAGAAAUCGUCCGGAAUUGCAACCAGCAGCGCUCUUUCAAAAUCGACUGAGGAAGGAUUAGCAACAGCAGGGGGAAUGCUCACCCAGCGAACGUUCAGACUGAAGCGAAACCGGCCCAAGGAACCGCUGGGCCUAGUUCUCCUGUCAGGGGACAAAACUAGCGACGGGAGACACAAGAGCUAUUUGGUGAAAAAGGUGAACCGAGACACCCUCGGCUGGAGAGCUGGGAUAUUAGCCGGAGACAGAAUCAUAAAGGUAGAUAAUCACGACCUGUGCAAGCUAACACCGCAGGAGAGCGUGGCCAGGAUUAAGGAAAAGUCGGUGGUGACGCUAACUCUCCUGAGAGAGACGGGACCCAACAAACACUCUCGGGGUGAUCACUUCUCCCACAUAUACGACGAAAUCGACCUCUUCUAUACCGACCAGGGGGACCAGUUGUCUCAGCAUGCCCUCUCCCAGCCAAUGCCGACGCGGUCUUACCACGGACCAGAUCUCCCCGUAGUACUUUCUCAGUUUGACGAGAACUAUCCGCCCACCCUUCCACCCAUGGACUUUGGAAAGUUGAGCCCUUCGGCUCAGCACAAGCUCCAGCUCCAGAGAAACAUUGAUGAGAAACUCGGACAGCGUAGAAAUUUCCGACCGACUUCCCCCGGGGCACACGUGACACAUCAGACGUCCCCGAACUACGGUCAGGGAGAACGAACCAGCAAAGACAGUGGGCUCUCCAGUGGCUCCAGCGACUCUCCUAACUCUGGAGGGAAACAGGUGGAGGGAAGACUGGCCGUCCAGCCCAGCUCUCCCUUUUCCUCCUCAGCAGCAACAGCUGCUCUGAGUCCCACAACAGCUCUCGACCUCAAUAGAGACACAAACGUGAGGAAAUCGUACAGAACCGAGCAGGAGAUGGUGAGAAAGUUCAUCAAGGAACAUAGGAGAAAGCCUCCUUCACCACAGAGCCUUGUGUCUUCAAACCAACCAACCCGGAGUCGAAACUGUCGCAUAAAUGGAGACUACGAAUUAGAGGAUAUUCAUCUCGAGAAGAACGGGACAAGCCAACUGGGAAUUACACUCGGUUACGAUUCGUCUGCUGCCCAUGGAAGCUGUCUGUAUGUGUGUGAGAUAGUGGCUGGAGGGCUGGCAGCCCAAGACGGAAGGCUCAGGACAGGAGACAUCAUUCGGAGGGUGAAUGGGUUCCGCGUGUUUGAUCCCGAGGAGGCCAUUCUGCUGUUCCUAGAACAGGAUCAGGACAUCACACUCAGUGUGGCCCGCAAGAUCAAGGUUCGAUCAAGACUAAGACCCCAGCCGGAACCAGAUCUGGACUACCUGGAAUCAACCCUGCUAAGAAAUGGACUCGCCAUCCGUAAGACUGACAGCUGUGGCUCUCUGGACUCCCACACCCACCACACCCACCACGCCUAUGCCAUCCUCGAGCCUCCGAGUGAGACUGGGAGCAGCGAGCAGCAGCCCGUGGCUCACCCUCCAAGGGACAAGAGAGCAAGGUCACGUGAGCUCCAGCUGAUGGCCACGAGUCACGACAGCAUCAAUGAAUCAACCACGACCACCGCCCGGAUGAGACUAAUGGCGAUGAGCCGAGACAGCAUCGACGAUUUCUUGUCCACAUCUCGUGGCAGAGAGGAGGACCCUUACCGAUCACGACGAGGCUCCUCCCCCUCCAACCACACCCCUCUCGGUGGUGGUGGAUUACGCCCAAUUACAGGGAGCUCCCCGAAUCUCCUCCGUGUCCACCAUUCACCGCCGGCAUUCCACCACCAGAUGGCGUCCGGCUCAAACCUACUGGGAGGGCCUCACAGCAGACAGAGAAUGGUGAUGGAUCGACCGUCCAGUACCUCUCCCGACAGCAAGUUCUGGAGCACAACCAGCAGUGGCUCUCGGCCAAUCGGCGGAGUCGUUUGUCAGAGAAAGCUCUCCAGUCCGAACCUGUUGGAGGCAGUGGGCUCUCCAACUGGUCGUGAACCCAGGAUCAUGACACCUCUCUCCCCGACACCCCAGGCCCCGCCCAGUUUCCAUGGCAUCGCCAAGGAGAUACGGAGACUCCCAAACCGUUUUGACGGGCACCUGGAGGUGUGUGCAGCCGGAGGCGUCGAGGGUCGCAGGGAGAGCCUAGUGUGAACCAAAAAUUACGCACAUUUGUCCGUCACUUCAAGUUUGUCCAUAAAUUUUUACCACCCAAAGUAUGUUUUUUGUUAAAUUCACAUUGUAAGUCACUCACGUAAAGCACAAAUUUUAUCGCCCACCAAAAUAUUUUGUCUUGUUCAAAAUUCAAAAAACCUAUGAUACUUAUUAUGACAAAAUUACAAG